AUUUUGCGCAUGCGCACCAACGAAAUUCAUAAAAAAGGUUGAAGUUAGAAUACAAGACGGUAUGCAUUGGUAAUGUUCAAGUCUUUUCAUCAGGAAAACAUUAAAUAGUAGAAAAAUAAGACGUCGUAAGUUUAACGUAAUGAGUGGAAAAUCAGGUAUAGUGUAAGCAGAAAAAUUGUGGAUUCAAAUAGUCAGGUUGGUUGUGGCUAUCGCACGAAAUUUAGAUCUUUAAUGACAUAACCUGAUGCGCUUGUCAGUUGAUUGGUGGAUCUAAAAUACGAGAUUUGAUAUUGUAACAAACAUUCCAACGAAAUAUCAGGGCAUAGUUAAUGUUGAUAUAUAAGGCAUAUUUACAUACAUAAAUGCCCUACAACUAAAAGGCGUACAGCUCUACGCUACACCGGUGAGUUCCAACACAAAAUAUUGCUUGGUAGUACGGCGGACACUCAAAGCCAACUAACCAUGUCUGUACAAAGUGUUGCUCUGGCAUCUCUCACGGCCACCUAUACCGACUCGGAGGGCGAAGACGGGGUGGAAGACGACCUUCAGGAGAAUUCGAACACUCCCCAGGGGGCCGCCCCGCAUAAUGCCCAAGUCGGUCAGCCCCAGGCUUUCACCAGUCCCAAAUCUGGCACAUCAGCCUCAAAUAGUCCCGUUGUUGCACCCAACGUCGGUGGCAAGUCUAGUAACGAUUUGUCGAAUGCACCCACCUUAGUAACAGAUGUGACAUCUAAGGUGCAAAGAUUGGUUUCAUACUUUGAUGAUGCAAUAGUCUCCGAUGACGAGGGAGUGGUACAAACACAAAUCGAUGGACAGCCUUUUGAAAAUGGAAGGCCCUCCUCGAUUAUGGAAUGCUCUCCCUCUUGUCAAGGAGAACAGUUAGUUUCAGAUAGCGAGGUGGAUCCCUAUGGCGUUGUUAUACCACCAGAGCCAUCAGGACAGUGUCCUGUGGAACUACAGGAAAAGAUAACAAAACUUUUUAGGAAAAUGGAGAGCGGCGGUUUGGAUAUGAACAAAGUUAUACAACAAAGGAAGGAUUUUAGAAAUCCAUCCAUUUACGAAAAACUUGUUCAAUUUUGUAGCAUCAAUGAAUUGGGUACUAAUUAUCCUCCUGAUAGAUUCGAUCCAUUUAAGUGGGGUAAAGAUUCAUAUUACGAGGAGCUCGCCAAAGUUCAAAAGGCAAAAAUGGAUAAACUCGAGAAGGCUAGGAAAGAGAAAACAAAAAUCGAAAUUGUUUCUGGUACAGCUAAGCGACCCAAUAGUUCUAGUACAACGGAAGAUGAUGCUAAAAAAAGAAAAAGUAAAUGGGAUCAAGUUGCAACUGGAGCUACUGCCUCGAUAAAGCCAACUGUGCUGUUAUCUCAACCAACUCUUACCACUUUAACAUCAUCUGCAACUGGCACCAAAGCAACGGUAAUAUCUGCUUUUGGAUCUUUACCAAAGAAAAGACUGUAACAUACCCUGUAAAUCACUUGUAAAUAUUACGUUUUUCGAAAAAGCAACAGUUCAUCCUUCAUUUAAUGUUGUUCCAUAUAGAAAAGGAAAUCGCAGCGGAUUUCGCAUAAAUGUGAAUAUAAUAUAGACUCGCAUAACAUGCGAUCAUAUAUUCAUAUAGCCAUACAUGUUAUCCAUAAGAUUGAUUUAUCAAAUUUAAUUGUUGGUUUUGUUGAACAUACCGAAUCGACCUUUCAUUUUAUAUAUAAUGGGAUAAACUGUUUUGAAAGUAUAUCCUUAGUAUGACUUCUGUCAGAAUGAUUAUCAACAAGGAUGUAUCAAGUCGACAGCUUUCAAUCACAUAUACAGAAAAUUAUGCAAGAGAAGGAAAGAAGAAAUAAUAUAAAACUAAGAAAGAAAGAUUUCUUAGAAAAAGAAGAUUUUGAAAUUCAUGAAAUGAGAAAUAAGGUAUUGAUCGACCGUUAUAUUGAGUUUUUUUUGUGCUUUCUUCCUCUAUGAAAUACUUUUAAUUUAAGAUAAAUUUUGAUAUUUUUCGUGACAUUAUUUUCCACGUUAAUAGUGUCUUACUUAGUGGACUAAAAGGAAGGUAUAUAGGAGAUAUAAAG